AUGCUGGCGCCAGCCCUGAACGUUCAAGCCAUACGCGGCCAGGAACUUGUGGUACACGAGCAUGUCGACUCUCUCGUUCGUCAGAUUGGGCUGGAGAUGAAUGAUAAGCCCAGCGUUGAGAUGAGACAAUGGAUUGACUGGCAUACGUGGGAUCUCGCCAGUGACGUGGCGUACAACCUCAAGUGCAAUCAAGUCAAGGACAAUAAGUCGUCGGGCGCUCUGCAUCCUCUCAACGAAACCGAGCUGGGUUUUCUAACAAUGUACGUUGAAAAGGAUGAACUCUUUUUCAGUAUGUUCGUCAGGGUCGGGCUGUGGGCAACGACCCAGCAGGUCGCCCUGACGUUCCCUACGGGCAUCAGGGUCCAGAGGCAAACCACGACUGUCCAAACAUGCCACAUUGCAAUGACCCGAUCGGAACGGUGGUUCGAGGACGCCCGGUCCAUUUGCCCGGGGCGCUUCCUACCAAACGACCACCAGCCCUACGAUACGCGCUCCGACAGGGACGCUCGCGGUUCCUUUGCACCCUUCUCUCUGGGACCCCGCGGCUAUCCCUGUACGAAUUCCGCAAUGCGACGUCUAAGGAUCGUUAUUGCGCAGAUGGUGUGGAGCUUUGACAUGAAGCUCACGAACAAGGACCAGAUCGACUGGGAAAGGGACGCCUACUUGUACGGCAUCUGGGAACAUGUAGGACUUUGGGUGAAGACGAUCCUGCGGCCUGGUUUAGGAAAGACGUUGCUAGCAUGA